CAACGAGGCCCUCAUCCACAUGGUACUGGCACGGGCAUGCCAGGUUCAGCAUCUUCAGGCCCUAACGCUUCAUUAAACCCCGUCCCCACACAUCCCCAAGCAUUUCAAAGCACUUAUAUCUCACGAUUAAGAACGGGUUCAACGUUGUUAUUACAACCCAGCAAUAUAACACCUUCAUCUUCUUCGGUGAAUGCUUCUUCGUUGUUGACGACAAGUGGGAGGAGAAGAGGUGUGAUUAACUAUGCGGAAGGCGAUGAUGAUGAUGAUAAUUUUGGGAUGGAGAGUGAUGAUGAUGAGGAGUUUACGGCUAUUGGGGAGAGAGGUGGGAAGAGGAGAGGUGGGAGUGGGACGGGUGGGAGGAGUGGCAGUGUGCCUGGGAGCGCAGGUGGUGCUGGGGGAGGUGGGGGAAGUGGCAGUCGAGUCGGUUCUCCGGGUGCCAGUGUCAAUGGCCCUGUGAGGGCUGAGCUGGACAAGAGUUAUUUGGGGAUGAUACCUCCUAGUAGGUUUGUCUCGAGUAAGUGGGUCAGCAAGACGAGGCAUGAAUAUCCCCCACUUGAUCAAGUCGAGAAAGCCGCCCAGGCGCGUGAGAUCCUGAUCCCAAUUCGUAUCGACCUUGACACGGAGACCCAUCGGAUUCGUGACAGCUUCAUGUGGAAUCUCAACGGUUCGUGGGUCUGGAUAUUCUCAUCUGGACACUAAAGUUCAUCAUUUUAUUUUAUUUCGCUUUUCACUCCUAUCGUUGUUCUUUUUACAGAGGGAAUCCUAACCCCCGAGAUGUUUGCUCGUAUUUUCUGCCAAGACCUCGAACUACCAACGAUUCCGUUUGUGGAUCAAGUGGCAGGUGCUAUACGAGCUCAGCUGGAAGA